AUGACGUCCCUUCCUCCAUCAAACACAGGCAGCAACUUUGCCGAUGCUACCAAGGUCCAACAAUUGACUUCGCAUACUUACUCUGCAAACUUUCCCGAUGACUGGUGCAUUGGAUCAGUUCCCCAUGGCGGCUUCACAACCGGUGUCUUUCUCCAAGUCUCUGCCCUCCAUUUUCGCACCACCCUGUCAGCCCAAAACCAACCAAACCCCAUCACACUUCAUCUAGAGUUUUUGCGGCGCACUGAAGCUGGUUCUGCCCUCUUCACCGUCCAAGAUACCAAACUUGGGAGGCAGACGUCUGUUCUCCAUGUAACCCUGUCACAAGGUGACCGCGUUGAAGUAGUCGGUUAUAUCACGCACUCUAAUACCACGACGGAAGAGGGCGUUUCUUCUCCUCACACUCAUGUUCUUCAUCCAGCCCCCCUUCCCGUUACUCUUUCUCUCCUGAAAACUGACAACGACCCCAACUAUCACCACGAAGGCAUGGCUUUACCCAACUUCCGUAAAGCUAGCACAAAAGCCCACACUUACUAUCCUCACACCCAACCUGCUCCUAACAUCUCAGACGAAUGGAUCCGACUAUCCACUGGCGAAUUUUGGACUGACCAAAGUCUCGGCUACGCAUGUGAUAUGUUUGCGCUCCCCACCGACUUUCUCCCAAAAACCACAGCCCCUUCCACCUCCUCUGAAUCAAAACCAGCUAUUCCCGGUACAAAGUACUGGUUCCCAACUCUUUGUUUAAACAUAGAUUUCAAGAAGUCCCUCCCAUCAAAUGGCAUUGAAUGGCUCUUCAUUCGAGUUGAACGAAAGCAGACCCGGAAUGGACGCAUGGAUAUAGAACUGACGGCUUGGGAUGAGGAGGGAGAAUUGGUCGCUAUCAGUCAUCAUGUUGCGCUAGUUGUGGGGAGUGAGAGGAACACGUCGGCGAGAAGUUCGAGUAAGAUAUAA